GUUAGCUGUCAGGAGCCAGGCGGCGGGCGGGUGGCGGGAUCCGACGUCGGCUCUGGCCCCGGCUGACUGAACCCAGCGCCGCAGCUGCGGCGAGGGCAGCGCGGCCCCGGCUCCCCGCCCGGUCGCAGAGGCGAGAAGGGACCAGCGGGCGGCCCGUCUCAGGCGCAGGCGAGAUGGGGAACCGGGAGAUGGAGGAGCUGAUCCCCCUGGUGAACCGUCUGCAGGACGCCUUCUCGGCGCUGGGGCAGAGCAGCCUGCUGGAGCUGCCGCAGAUCGCCGUGGUGGGCGGCCAGAGCGCAGGCAAGAGCUCGGUGCUCGAGAACUUCGUGGGCAGGGACUUCCUUCCUCGAGGGUCAGGCAUCGUAACGAGACGGCCUCUCGUGCUACAGCUUGUUACUUCCAAAGCAGAAUAUGCUGAAUUUCUACAUUGCAAAGGAAAGAAAUUCACGGAUUUUGAGGAAGUUCGCUAUGAGAUUGAAGCAGAAACAGAUCGAGUGACCGGGAUGAAUAAAGGCAUUUCCUCCUUACCCAUUAAUUUACGAGUCUAUUCCCCGCAUGUGUUGAACCUGACCCUGAUCGACCUACCUGGAAUUACUAAAGUGCCCGUCGGGGAUCAGCCCGCAGAUAUCGAGCAUCAGAUCCGAGAAAUGAUCAUGCAGUUCAUCUCGCGGGAGAACUGCCUGAUUUUGGCCGUGACCCCAGCUAACACCGACCUGGCAAACUCAGAUGCGCUGAAGCUCGCUAAAGAUGUUGAUCCUCAAGGUCUAAGAACCAUUGGCGUCAUCACCAAGCUGGACCUUAUGGAUGAAGGCACGGACGCCAGGGACGUCCUAGAGAACAGACUGCUGCCUCUCCGCAGGGGUUACAUAGGGGUGGUCAACAGGAGCCAGAAGGACAUAGAUGGGAAGAAGGACAUUAAGGCUGCCAUGUUGGCAGAAAGGAAGUUCUUUCUCUCACAUCCGGCUUACAGACAUAUUGCUGAUCGGAUGGGGACCCCACACCUGCAGAGGGCCCUUAAUCAGCAACUCACCAACCACAUUCGAGAUACCCUGCCAAACUUCAGGAACAAACUCCAGGGACAGUUGCUCUCCAUAGAACAUGAAGUGGACGCCUACAAGAACUUCAAGCCAGAAGACCCCACCAGGAAGACCAAAGCACUGCUACAGAUGGUCCAGCAAUUCGCUGUGGACUUCGAGAAGAGAAUCGAAGGCUCAGGGGACCAAGUCGAUACUCUGGAGCUCUCAGGGGGCGCAAAAAUCAAUCGUAUUUUUCACGAACGCUUUCCUUUUGAGAUAGUGAAGAUGGAGUUCAAUGAGAAAGAACUGCGAAGAGAAAUAAGCUAUGCAAUCAAAAACAUACACGGCAUCAGGACAGGGUUGUUUACCCCAGACAUGGCUUUUGAAGCGAUAGUCAAAAAACAAAUUGUAAAGCUGAAAGGGCCUUCCUUGAAGAGCGUAGAUCUGGUAAUACAAGAAUUAAUCAAUACCGUCAAGAAGUGUACCAAAAAGCUGGCCAACUUCCCCAGACUCUGCGAGGAAACGGAGAGGAUUGUUGCUAACCACAUUCGCGAGCGAGAAGGGAAGACGAAGGACCAGGUACUGCUCUUGAUCGACAUUCAAGUCUCCUACAUCAACACCAACCACGAAGAUUUCAUUGGCUUCGCAAAUGCCCAGCAGAGGAGCAGUCAGGUUCACAAGAAAAACACAAUUGGAAAUCAGGGAACCAAUCUUCCGCCUUCAAGGCAAAUUGUUAUUCGCAAGGGCUGGCUAACCAUCAGCAACAUUGGCAUCAUGAAAGGAGGCUCCAAGGGAUACUGGUUCGUCCUCACUGCUGAAAGCUUGUCCUGGUACAAAGAUGAUGAGGAAAAAGAAAAGAAGUACAUGCUCCCCUUGGACAACCUGAAAGUCCGGGAUGUGGAAAAGAGCUUUAUGUCUAGCAAGCACAACUUUGCACUUUUUAAUACAGAACAAAGGAAUGUAUACAAAGAUUAUCGCUUCCUUGAGCUGGCAUGCGAUUCGCAGGAGGAUGUAGACAGCUGGAAGGCAUCUCUGCUAAGAGCUGGCGUUUAUCCCGACAAAUCUUCAGGGAACAACAAAACUGAAAAUGACGAGAAUGGCCAAGCAGAAAACUUUUCCAUGGACCCCCAGCUGGAGAGGCAGGUGGAGACCAUUCGCAACCUCGUAGACUCCUACAUGUCAAUCAUCAACAAAUGUAUCCGAGACCUAAUUCCGAAAACGAUAAUGCACCUGAUGAUCAAUAAUGUGAAAGAUUUCAUAAACUCAGAGCUCCUGGCACAGCUCUAUUCAUCAGAGGACCAAAACACUCUCAUGGAGGAAUCUGCUGAGCAGGCCCAGCGGCGGGACGAGAUGCUGCGAAUGUACCAAGCCAUUAAAGAAGCCCUGGUGAUCAUUGGUGACAUCAGCACAUCCACGACGUUCACCCCUGCACCGCCUCCCGUGGAUGACUCCUGGAUACAGCACUCUCGCAGGUCACCCCCUCCGAGCCCCACCACCCAAAGGAGGCCCACGCUGAGCGCCCCGCCAGCACGGCCCUCAUCCGGCCGAGGGCCCGCUCCGGCCAUUCCCUCUCCCGGACCCCACUCGGGGGCGCCCCCAGUUCCAUUCCGGCCCGGCCCGUUGCCUCCUUUCCCUAACAGCAACGACGUGUUUGGAGCCCCUCCGCAAAUCCCGUCUCGGCCCACGAGGGCCCCUCCCAGUGUCCCCAGCCGGAGACCACCCCCAUCACCAACUCGUCCCACCAUAAUCCGUCCACUAGAAUCCUCCCUGUUAGACUAAACGAAGUGUCUGGCGUGUCAAUUAACCACUAAUGAAUUAUGCGAAAGCAACAUAUUUGAUAACCGUUGCCGUAACUCAUGAGUAGUCGCCCGUGUGGACGUCAGUAGGCAAGUAACCAGUUUUACUAACGCAUUUGUCACUCACCUUCAUCGCUCAUGGCCUGUCAAACCUUUGGGGUUUGACUCUUGAAAACUGCUGACCCUUUGAGGCUCUAUCUGUUGUACUGACCAAGGUAGGUGUGUAUAGCAGCCCUGUACUUUGGGGACCGUUUGCCUGCCCUGGCACACAUUUGAAAUUGCUUUGGACAAGUUUCCCAGGCUCCCGACCAGAUAGAUGGCCCGUGAAAUAUAAAGCUUGAGAGAGAUGCGAUGGCAGGCUCAGACCUCAGCCACGCACUCAUGUCCCUGUCUCGGGCUGACAGAGAUGGCGUUUCCGCCUCCUCCACCGUGACCUAUGUGGGUCCUCUUUCCUUCCUCUUUAUUUCAUAAGGCUGCUUAGGAAGUCAUUUUUUAAGACUAAAACUUUUCCAGAAAAUCAAGGUGGUUUGCAGAGGAAAAGUGAAUGCGUUGCUUACUCUAGAGAGCUUUUAACCACGCUGCCAGUGUGUUUUGCGUCGUGCUAGAAGCAUCUUCAAGGGCACAUCAGAGCUUGUUUUUUGGUCUUCAGUCAGUAAAUUUGGCUAGUUAGUUUCAGAAUUCCAGGGAGAAGCAAAAUAUCUCAUCUCUAGAAGUAGCUGGAAAUAUGUAAUUUCUUUUUUCACUUAGCUACUCACCUCCCUACAGGUCAUAGUAAAGGCUCACGUGGAAAUUACUUAUUUUUUCAGAUUGGUCUAAUUUUAGGCACGGCUAACUACACUUUGACACCAACUCCAGUUCAUUUAUCUAUUUGGUUGGUGGGAGCAAAAAUAUUUCUCUCCCUGCUAAUACGUAAUUCCUUCAUGUAAAAAGGCAUCCUACCUCUCAAACAGGUGUAAAGUGACUUUCCCUCCAUCCCAGGCUCUCUUAAUAAACCUUGAGCCUGACUGUGGGUUUACCGUGUUUAAAAAAUGGGUCCUGGAAUGCAAAGAGAAGUCAUUUAGUUUGAGACGCCGUGGCUUAGGGGCAGGGUUCACACUUUUAUAGUUGUACAACUUCAGAGUCUCUGCCCAGGCCAUUCUAGAAAACGGUUAUUCAGACAUUGAAAUCUAAAGGAAAUUGGCAAAUUCUGACAUUUCCAAAAUUUGCAAGAGCCGUGUAGCCUGGGGGUUAAUAGUUCAGCCUCAAGGCUGAGUUUUGGGCUCCCUAGGACCAGACGAUUAGCAUGGAAGAAACAGCCAGAAGUCAGCUGGGAUUUUGUCUGCUAACUGUUCCCAGACAGCAGACCGAGUCCUCACCGAGGAGUGGCGUCCCACGACACUAUUUCAUAUUUGCAGAAGUAAAUCAGGCUUCACCAACUGAAAUGCCUCCCUUUGAAAGCAGCAGCCUUGAUUUGUAUGUUAACUUAACUUUAAUUUCCUGUGUAGUUUAUACCCAAAACAGACACCCAUAAAGUAUGAAGUAAAAACUUUCAACCAUUAUUAAAAAAGAGCACUUGCCAAGUGGAAUGGCAUUGUUUUGAACUUAUUCUAAAGGGUGACAGCUAGUCUACUUAGGCAAAAAUCAGAGAACACAAGAUUCACAAACAAGGCAUUUCAACCUUCAGCUCCAAGUGGCUGUAUAAAGAAUACCGCCCUAAAUCUUCUCAGAUCUUAUUUUUUUCUCAUUGGGGGAAAAAAAAAAUUUAACUCUUUGUGAAUGGAACAGACGAGUGAGAAACAUACUGUAUUUUAAAUAUAAUGUCGUAGCUAAAUGGAAAUACAUUAAGUAAACAUCCAUAGUAAAAUAAAUAGUGGACAGUGAGAUCUUUCCAGAAAAAUCCCCCCUUUUAUGAUCCCCUUUGCUUCUUCCUUUGAGUUCUCUCAAAUAGGCAGCUAACGGAUUAUAUACUUCAGAGUUUGGCUUUGUGCUCUAUGUGGUUUUGCGUUUUGCUGUAUUUCAAAAAUUUCCUUUUGUUAAAGGAAAAUGCUGUGGAUAACCACUGGUGUGUUUUUAGAUCAGCGCAAACCAUGUCAAAGAAAAUUGGAGAUUUUUUUUUUUCCGAGUUCCUUUCCACUGAUCUUAUGCAGUCAUAAACAAUGGCAUUUGUCAUCUUUGGUGUUUGCUCUCAGACCAUAAUCCCAGAGUUGCACUGUUCCAGCCGACUCUCCUGGAGGGUACAUUUUUGUUCUAUUUCACUUGUACAUUAUUUCUAAUAGAAUCCAGCCUCCCCUGGAAUUUCAGCAGCCAUGUUGGAGAAUAUAUUCAGUUUGCUGCAGGACUGUGUCACACGGUGACGAUGAACCCCAUUUCCCAAGGGGUUUGCAUCCUUUUGCACAAAGUAGACGUCAGUGUGAAUAAGGUUGGCAGUGCUAGGGUGUGCCCAGUUUCACGUGCAGCAUUCAUAUCAGGCCCUAAGAUGGGAAUGUCACUCAAUGAGCUUUCUGAGUGUUUCCCAUCCCACUUCAGGUCUUUUGUGUAACUUCCUCCGAACUCUGAUGCUGUCCAUGCAAUCAAUGUAGCAUCAUGUCUAGUAUAACAAAAUAAAGCAGUGUUUCAGGAUUUGGGCAAGCAAACUGUAUAUGUUUAUUUGAUGGGUAACUAUUUUAUUGUCACAUGCUAGAUCCUGCAUGCUUAUUGACUAAUGGGAAUAACCAUCUACUCAGUUUGGACAGGUUAUUGAGACACUAUUGAUUUAGAACAGAUUUCGCUGCAUUUCCAGACACCAUCUACCAAGAUUACUCUCCUAAAUAUUGCUUUUAGCUGUGUUUUGUAACAUAGAAGAGCGGUAGGGUCUGUUUAUAAGCAAAUAUCCUAUGUGUUCAGAUACAAACUCGUUCUAUUCCAACACAUAAUGAAACCAGUUCCUGUGAUAUAACUGUAAGCCUCCUGAACUUAGAAUUAAAAAGUAGUCACAUAGGUUAAUUUUAUGACUUUGAGUAUAAACUGUAGCCAUACUUCUCAAAUAUGAAACGGGACCUAAUACCAGUAUGUGAUAACUGUUGAUCUUUUCUGUCUACAAACACGUUUUCUAGGUAUGUGUCUCUGUAUACAGUAUACACAAAGUAAAUUUGUUUCUGUAAGUAACAUGUAUUUUGUGCCCCCUUGGGUAGGUAUGUUUAAAAGUUCUUGUUAAAAUGCCACAAGCACGAGUGUGAUGGUAUGUGCAUUGUAUAUAUAUAUAUAUAUAUGUAUAUGUGUGGGUGUAAAUACUUAUAUGUGUGUGUGUGUGGAUAUGAAUAUAUUUUUUAAACUGUGCUUGUCCAAGAGGGAGCUUUGGAGAAUCUGCUAUAAUACAUGAUAACAGUGGUCCAUUUCUCAUAAAAUACAUGAGGCACACAAAAUUUUCUCCAGAUUGUAUUCAUUCUGAGAGGCACAAAGCUUAGUGUUACCAUGACAAUGUGCUAGAAUAACAUCCGCAAGCAUUUGUAGCUAAACGCACAGCUGCUGUCUAAAAAGAAAUUACUUUUGCUGUUGUUGCUUGAUAAGAAGUGUAAGAUCUGGAAACCUACCUUUAAGAGCUCUGAUGAGAAUUAUAAAUUAUUCUUGGAUUGCUGAGCUCAAGCUUAAAAAGCUACAUUGGUCUACAUAGUCAACUUUACAGUAAAUGUCAAAAAAUAAAGGGAUACAGCAAUAUAAUAGAAGUGGAUGUUUCUGAGAGAACUUGCUAAACAUGCAGGGGAGAAGUUACUUAAUACCUUGAAGGGAGGUGAUCCAUCCUCUUUUUCAGGAGAACAUUUUUUAUUAGGCAAACAAUAUGAUGAUUUGAAAUUGACAGGAAUCUCCUUAACAUUGAGAAUUAAACCUACAUAGUAAGUCUCUAAACUGUGGAACUCAAUGAAAGAAGAUAACAUACGAGACUCCAGCCAUGAGUUUUGUAUCAUUUCACCAAGAGGACUGCUAGCUGUGAGCUCUGAGUUUAAUGUGAACGAGGCUAGAUGCUUGCUGAGAAACAAUUAUUACUUCCCUUGAUCACCCAGUCCUUUCUGAAAAGUGCAAAUGUUGCCUUCUAGAAAACCUUAAGUCAUCCUGCCGAGUUGGUUUGUUUAAAGCUGUGUGGUGCUCUGUCCUGUGAAGUUUAAGGAUAUUUUGAAGCAUAUAUAGUAUAUGCAUUGCUAUUUGUAUAUGUGUGUAAAAAUGUGUGAGAACAAAAAAGAGGAAACUCAAGGAAAGAGUCUCCUGUUUGUCAAGACCUGCUCAUACUGGUAUAUUAUUGGUGACACUUCUCACCUCUCUGGUCUUGGAUUUCAUGCAUGGCUCAGCUCAAGGCAUUCAUCUCUUUUUCAGUUUUUACCCAUGAAUCCCUCAAACUGUUCUUAGUAUAUAUUAUUUUUUAAAUGAGGACAAAGAUUACUCUGUCUGACCUCUUGCAUCCUCUGCUACUCAUUUGAUAAAAAUUGUUCCUCCCCACCAGAAAUGCCACCAUUACUUGAUUUGUGUUGAAUUUCGUAUGUAUAGCCUUUGUUUUGCUUGCUUCUCUGUUUAUUUUUACUCCCUUCUCUAAAUCAAAUUCCUCUUUUGCUUUUUUAAAAUAUAUUUUUAUGAAAAAACAGUGUGCAGGUGUAAAAUCUUGUCUUCUCUGUUGAUUCUUUAAUUUGAGCCAGAAUACUGUCCACUGUCUUCUUGCCACUGAGAUUUCUUAAUGCUGAUAUAUGGAUGGACUCUGUGAAUGGACUUUCAAAGUCAGGUCCUAAAGCCUGUAUCAUUCUUGAAGGUCACAUGUACCUAUUGUGAAAGUGUGAAGCUGUAUUCCUGAACCUGAAAUAAAUGAUACUUCUUGAAGGA